UCUGGUGUGCAACAACAAUAUUCAUUUCCUCCUUAUGAAGGUGAAAAAAUCGGAAAAGAAAACUACUCACAAGUUUCAAAUUCUCAUCAAAUGCAAUGGCCAGAUCAAUCUGCUGUUCCUAGUCAAACAAGAUUUUCGUCUCAAGGAACAUCUGUUAUGUUAAAUUCUCUAUCCCCACAACCUAUGUUAAAUACUCAAGGACCAGAAUUAAUGUCACAAGGUAUGCAGCAUGUGAUACCAAACUCUCAAACCCUACCAAUAUUAAACCAAAGUUCAUCUGUGAUGUCAAACACUCAAGGACCAAUUAUGCCUAAUUCUCAAAGUGCAAUGAUGUCAAAUCUUCAAGGAACUGUAAUGCCAAAUUCCCAAGAAAAUGUAAUGUCUAAUCCUCAAGGAACAAUGAUACCAAAUACCCAAUCCACAUCRAUGGGUUUGGGAAAUCCAAGAGUUCCUCACUUCCCAAAUCAUUCAUACCAGCAAGACCUAGAAUAUGAACAAUCAUAUCGAAACAGUUAUCGAUAUAACUCCCCUCAAUGUAGAUCUCAUGAAACAACUGCAUUACAACCGGACUCUUCAUGUCAACCACUUCACCAACCAUAUCAAAAUGAAAUGGCAUCACAAGAAUAUUAUGAAAAACAUACACAUAGUAUGUACCAAACAGAACAAAUGCAAUAUAAUAAUUAUGAUAGUCCAAGAACUCAAGGGAGUUGUCGUUUCAAUUGUUCUAGUCAUUGUGGACACUAUUGUAAUUCAAGUGAUCAAAAUCCUAGUUAUGGUAACCAAAUAAACUCAUAUCAACAUCAACCACAGUCACAGUCACAGCCUAUACGACAGAAUGAAUCUAGGAAUCAUGAAUAUUAUCCAGAUGUGUACCAAGAUCAAAAUAAUUAUACAGAAUCUUAUCCGGACAAUAGAAAUAAUCCAACACAAGAAUAUCCAUCACAAUAUGAAUAUGAGCCACAAUCUCAGUCACAGUGCCAUCAUCAUAUGGAUUGUAAUUUAAAAAAUAAUGCUUGUGUUGCAAAUAAUAACCAAAGUCCCGUUGAGGUCCCACAAAUAAGACCACAAGUUAAACAAGUACAACAACAAAAUAAUACACAAAAUAUACAACAAUCAAUUACAAAACCACCAAGACCUCAACAUAGAUCAACACCUCCCUGGCAACUCAAUAAACAUCAACAAAUACAGCAACAACAAAUACCUCAACAACAAGUACAGCAACAACAAAUGCAGCAUCAACAAAUACAGCAACAACAAACACCGCAACAACAAUUACAGCAACAACAAAUGCAACAUCAUCAAAUACAGCAACAACAAUAUGUACUGCAACAACAAACAUCGCAACAAGAAAGUUCUAAACAAAUAGUUGAGGAUCGAGUACCUCCCAUACAUCAUCAUGUUCCCCAAGUUUCCAGAGUAGAAGAAAAAAGUCGAAUACCACUUAAACAAUAUACUAAAACUGUUAAUUUUGGUAGAAAAUCAAAGUCUCCGUCUGAAGAGGACAGUUACCCAUCAUUUUUAGAUGAUCCAAGCGGCUAUUUAGCACAGCAGACAGCUCUACUGAAUAAUACUAUAAGUACCAAUUCAUUUUCACCAUUAUCUCCUCCUGCAAGACCAUACARGCAAGAAAAACCUAGAUAUACAACAAAUGUUACAACAAUGGCUAGUGGUCGAACAGCUAGUUCAAAUACAAUUACUUCAGUGCAGGCUGGUAGAACCAAUACAUCUGUGGUAACAGUGAACACAUCUGAAGACCAAGUAUUACCACCUACUCAACAACAAUCAAUCACAUCCAAAACACCUUUAGAAAUGGUACAAAGUGUUGUAAGUAGCAUACAAGUACCUACAUCUUCAGAAAAAUCAAGUAUUCAACCAAGCCAUAUAUUAUUGACAAGUAAUGGACAAUUUAUAAUGGCAUCAACUAAAAUACAAUCUCCUAAUACAUCCCAAGUUCUUUCAUCAGUACAACAUCAACCUACUGUCCUUGUAAAUACUUUACAGGGAGGUCAAAGUACUUUACUACUUCAGCCAGGAAAUGUUAUGACUGUUGAUCAAGUGCAGGUACCACAACUUGCUGUUGCUACAGGAAAUAUGGAUAAUAGUGGAGCAUUUUCACCUAGAGGUUCAAAUCUAUUAUCUCCUCCAGAUUCCAAACGUAAAACUAUAAAUUCUAAAAAACGAAAAUCACCUCAAAUAUCUCCCAAUCAUCAGAAUAAUUCUAGUGUAUUGUUACAACCUCAACAGCAAAACUAUAAUCAGCCUGUUGUUCAAACAUUAAUACUACCAAAUAAAACCACCCAAUAUGGCAACCAACAACUGAUAACAAAUGUGAUACAACCUGUUAGUCUUGUUCAUAAUCUUCCAGCUAUCCAACAAUUCAUUGUACCAGCAAAUUUAGGUGGCGUAGUUAUGGCUGACAAUUCUAUACUACAAGACGCAGUGCAAUUAAACGUUAUAACCCCAUUUUCUAAUACUGGUCAAAAUUUAUUGCCUACUGGAAUGGUUUUAAGGACGCCUCAAACACAACAAAGACCACAACAAAGUAAUCAAUUUAUCGUGAAUAGUGUUGGCCAAUUGAGCCCAAUUUUAGCUAGCUUGAGUCCUAAUCAAUCACAAAACCAGAGUAGGAAUCAGCAACAAAAUGAUUACAUACACGUAGUACCAUGUUCUAUUCAACAAAAUCAAGAAAAUACCACUGUAGUUCAACAAAAUACAACUAUUGUUCAACAGCAGAUGACCAUGGUAUCUGGACAACAAGGCAAUGAGCAAGGAAAUUUAAUUAUGAAUGAAAAACAAAGUCAAAAUUAUAUUAUUGCUGAUAACAAACAACAAGGGUUUAUUCUGAGUCCUAAAGAUAAGCAGCAGUCAGGUGGCACGCAUUUUAUUUUAAAUAAUAUGAAUUCCGAGAAACAAASCCAAAGUUUUAUAAUUACCAGUCCAACUUCUGGAGAUAAACAACUCUGUGGAAAUUUCAUCCUUGAAAAAACUAAUUCAUCAGGGAAUUUCAUAAUUACUACAACAAAUUCUGAUAAAAAUUCUAAAUUUGCUAAACACUCAGUAUCUACACAAACUGCUGCUGGACAACAAGUGUUACAGAUUUCAUCUACACCUGCCCUAAUUGUUGCUACAAAUCGGAAUGCUUAUGUAGGUAGUCCACCUGAUACAACUACUUUAAGUCCUGUUAGUGGACAGAGUCCUUCAGCUAAACCAGAAAUGCCUUCAAGUUCUGUAACAGCUGAUUUGGAUGCAUUAUCUCCAUCGUCGACAUUAUCUGAUAUACAAAAUAGGCAACCAAUGGUUCAUUGUAUUUCAAGUAGUAAUGUURUGGAUUGGUCUGACAAUUCAGCAGAUGAAAGAAAGACUAUAUCUAACUCUUCUGACUCACCUAACAUGUACUCCGUAGAACAUUCAUUUCCUAGAUGAUACAAUAUCAUUAGAAAAUACAUGGUUCAAGGAAAUUCAACCACAAGGUAAUGAUACACAUCUUGGCCAUCAAAACAAGUUCCUAUUAAAAAAGUAAAUAAAAAUAUAGUGUUGUUUAUGAGAAACUACAAUGUGUAAUUUUAAAAACUGUAUAAUAUUUCCUAAAUAAGUUAGGUUAUUAUAUAUUAUUACAAUGUAAUAAUUCC